AUGACUGAUGAUGAGCUGUCUGCCUUGGUGGUAGAUAAUGGGUCAGGGAUGUGCAAGGCAGGUUUUGGUGGUGAUGAUGCCCCCCGGGCUGUGUUCCCCUCCAUGGUAGGACGUCCCCGGCAUCAGGGGGUCAUGGUUGGCAUGGGACAGAAGGACUGCUACGUGGGGGAUGAGGCUCAGAGCAAGAGAGGCAUCCUGACUCUUAAGUAUCCAAUUGAACAUGGAGUGGUCACCAACUGGGACGACAUGGAGAAGAUCUGGCACCACACUUUCUACAACGAACUUCGUGUGGCACCAGAUGAGCAUCCUAUCCUCCUCACCGAGGCUCCUCUCAACCCCAAGAUCAACCGGGAAAAGAUGACUCAGAUCAUGUUUGAGGCCUUCAAUACACCGGCUAUGUAUGUGGCUAUCCAGGCUGUGCUCUCCCUCUAUGCCUCCGGGCGGACUACAGGCAUCGUAAUGGAUUCUGGGGAUGGGGUUACUCAUACCGUGCCCAUCUAUGAAGGUUAUGCUCUGCCUCAUGCCAUUCUACGCCUGGAUCUGGCUGGCAGAGACCUGACUGACUAUCUCAUGAAGAUUCUGACAGAACGAGGUUACAACUUCACCACCACAGCCGAGCGGGAGAUUGUUCGUGAUGUCAAAGAGAAGCUGUGCUAUGUGGCCCUGGACUUUGAGCAAGAGAUGGUCAGUGCUGCUGCAUCCUCCUCACUUGAAAGAAGCUAUGAGCUUCCUGAUGGGCAAGUCAUCACCAUUGGUAAUGAACGCUUUCGAUGCCCUGAAUCCAUUUUCCAGCCCUCCUUCCUGGGCAUUGAGUCAAGUGGGAUCCAUGAGACAACUUUCAACUCUAUCAUGAAGUGCGAUGUGGAUAUUCGCAAGGAUCUAUAUGCCAACAUCGUGUUGUCUGGAGGCAGCACCAUGUAUCCUGGCAUUGCUGACCGGAUGCAGAAGGAAAUCAUAACCCUGGCACCUAGCACCAUGAAAAUCAAGAUCAUAGCUCCCCCAGAGAGGAAGUAUUCCGUUUGGAUUGGGGGCUCCAUUCUGGCCAGCCUGUCUACAUUCCAGCAGAUGUGGAUCAGUAAGCAAGAAUAUGAUGAGGCUGGUCCUCCCAUAGUUCAUAGAAAAUGUUUCUGA